AUGCUCCGCCGUCGUCAGCCCAAUGCCGACAACAACAACGACGAUGUCCAGUCCACAGCCCCCGCGGACUCGUCACCUGAAAAGCACCUCCGACCGACAGCGAUAAAGCCCAAGAAUGAGAGGAAGCAAUCGUUCAUGACGAAACCCAAGAGCAAGCGCCGCAAUGGCCUCAUCUUCUUGCUGGGCGGAGUCUUCGGGAUCUUCUGCGCGGUCUUCUUCGCCCAGCAGCAGGACGUCAUUAGUCUGGAGUCUUUGAUGGACUUGAAUAUAGACUCGUUGAUGGAUGUCAUUCCCCAGAGCAUCAUGCGGGAUGCGCGGGAGUUUUCGCAACAUGAACGCGAUACGGUCAGCUACGAUGCAUUUUCAGUCGGUUUAAAUCUCCGAUCGCAGGGCGUCGAAGCGAAGCACCCAAUCAUAAUGAUCCCCGGUGUUAUCUCGACGGGGCUCGAGAGCUGGGGUACUAGCCCUACGUCACUGAUGUACUUCCGGCGGAGACUCUGGGGGAGUUGGAGUAUGAUGCGGGCACUUGUGAUGGACAAGGCAGAAUGGAAGAACCAUAUCAUGCUGGAUAAAGAGACCGGGUUGGAUCCGCCGGGAAUCAAGCUGCGUGCGGCGCAGGGUUUCGACGCUACGGAUUUCUUCAUCACGGGGUACUGGAUAUGGAACAAGAUCCUGGAGAACCUCGCGAGUAUCGGGUAUGACCCGACGAACGCUUUUUCAGCUGCCUAUGACUGGCGACUAUCGUACUUGAACUUGGAGGCUCGGGACCAGUACUUUAGCCGGUUGAAGUCGUACAUUGAGACGGCGGUGCACGUGCGCGGUGAGAAGGUAACUCUCGCUUCUCAUAGUAUGGGGUCACAGGUGGUGCUAUUCUUCUUCAAAUGGGUUGAGAACCCAGCGCAUGGGAACGGCGGUUCAGACUGGGUGAACCGACACAUUGCCAACUGGAUCAACAUCAGUGGUUGCAUGCUCGGCGCGGUCAAAGGCCUCACGGCCGUCCUAUCCGGCGAGACACGGGACACAGCACUGCUCAAUGCGUUCGCGGUCUACGGUCUGGAGAAGUUCCUCUCCCGCGAAGAGCGCGCUGAGAUCUUCCGCGCGAUGCCCGGCAUCUCCAGCAUGCUCCCCAAGGGCGGCGAAGCAGUCUGGGGCAAUUCCACCUGGGCCCCCGAUGACCUACCCGGCCAGCACAUGACAUAUGGCAACCUCCUCAACUUCCGCGAGAGCAACUCCACCCUCACGCAGAAGAACCUUACUGUACCAGAAAGCCUCGAAUACCUCCUCAACCAAAGCGAGCCCUGGUACCGCGAUCAAGUACUCGGAAGCUACUCGCACGGUGUCGCGCACACAACCGCCGAAGUGGAAGCCAACGAGAACGAUCCGCGCACUUGGCUCAACCCGCUCGAGGCUCGCCUCCCGCGCGCACCAGACAUGAAGCUCUAUUGCUUCUACGGCGUCGGCAAGCCAACUGAGCGCAGCUACUUCUACCAAGAGGAACGAGACCCCCUCGUCAACCUGAAUGUUAGCAUCGACACAACCGUAACAACAGCCGACGGCACAGACCACGGCGUUGUCCUCGGCGAGGGCGACGGCACCGUCAACCUCCUUAGCACAGGCUACAUGUGCGCCAAGGGCUGGCAUAUCAAGCGGUAUAACCCAUCUGGGAUUAAGAUUAAGGUUUACGAAAUGCCACAUGAGCCGGAUCGGUUCUCGCCACGCGGUGGCCCAAACACAGGCGACCACGUCGAUAUCCUCGGCCGCGCCUCGCUUAACGACCUCAUCCUCCGUGUUGCUGGUGGACACGGUGAUGAGAUUGAGGAUACGUUUGUCUCCAGGAUCAAGGAGUAUGCGGAGAAGGUAAAGGUUUAUGAAGAGUAG